GAUCACUUGACUGGAAUAUACCGGUCAUUUUCUCUACUGCGUUUGGUUCUCGAGAAAAUGCAAAACCAAAAUUUUCCCAUCUUUUUUCCCGAGAAAACCCUAACAACCGUAAUGAGCUAUCACAGUUCACACCCUGCACUCCAAUGAUCCAUCCCCGAUACCAGUCGCUUCCCUGUAUGUAAGAUCCAAUCUCCAUUAAUCCGUUACAGUAGAAAUGGAGCACUAUGAUUUGCAAAGACAGAGAAGGGAUCUGAAAAACAAAGGAAGAAAUGUUGUGUGGUCAAUUGCGAUGGACAAAUGUCUGAUUGAAGAGCUGGCAGUUCAGGCAAAAAGUGGAAACAAAAUUGACAAAUGUUUUAACGAAAAUGCCUAUUCUGCUGCCUGUUUAGCUGUAAACACUUGUUUCAACUUGAAAUUGAAUAAUCAGAAAGUUAUCAACCGCCUGAAAACAAUCAAGAAGAGGUAUAAAGUAAUGAAAGAUAUGCUAAGUCAGGAUGGUUUCUGGUGGAAUCCAAACACAAAGAUGAUAGAGUGUGACAGUGAUGAGCUCUGGAAGAAGUAUAUUGCGGCACAUCCUGACGCAAGAGGAUUCGGUGGAAAGCAAAUAGAGAUGUAUGAUGAACUUAAAAUUGUUUGUGGAAAUUAUCAAGCUCCUAGUCGCUGGGCUAAGAUGAACAAUGGUAGCCAUCAAAUGGACAUGAAGAAUUGUGAGGAUGAAUCAACCUCCUUUGUUUCUCCCAGUUCAGAAGACAUGAGUGAGACAGACGGAACCGAAUCAUACCCUGGGCCUCCAGAGUAUGAACCGAUGCCAGAUGAUUUUCAAGAGCCUCCUGUGGUCCAGCCUCCAAGACAACUUCCCAAACGACCUCGUGUCUCAGAUGCUCUUGAGGAUGCAUUGAUGACAGUAGCAUCAAGCCUCCGGCGUUUGGCUGAUGCGAUGGAGCAAAGCCAAUACUCAAUUGAUUCAACUGAGCUAUUGCAGGCUGUGAUGGAGAUCGAUGGGUUGGAAGAGGGUAAACAGAUGUACGCAUUUGAAUAUUUAAAUGCUGAUCCUGUCAAAGCCAGAGCCUUCCUGACAUACAAUUCCAGGAUGAGAAAGAUUUACCUGUUUAGACUUUUCUGGUGGUGGUGAGGGUGACCAGUGUAUAGAUUAUCUGGAUUCUGGAUAUUCUGUUUAGGGACUUCUUCUAUUGUUUAAUCAAAUUAUUCAUUGAUGUGUUGCGAGGAUACUUGAAUGUAUAGACUCUAAACAGUGAUUUAAGAUAGCCAUAUACAAGGAAUGUUAAAGACAUUGUCUACUAUACUUUAAAAAAAGACAUUGUCUACCAAGCAAAUUUCUUUGAUGGAUGAGGGAGUUUAACACAUCUUUUACUCUUACUUCAA